GCGCGCAGGGGCCGCCCAGCGUCCGACCCGCCCAUUCCGCCGCCGCCGCCGUCGUGCGUGCUGCUCGGCUGAGGGGCUGGGCCUGCACUCUCUCCUCCUUCCUCCCCGCCUCCGGCUGCCGGUAGGGCUCGUCUCUCGCUGCAGCUGCUGGGACCCUGUGCCAUUGCCCACCCCGAGCACGAUGCCCCCCAAAAAGGGAGGUGAUGGAAUUAAACCACCCCCAAUCAUUGGAAGAUUUGGAACUUCACUGAAAAUUGGUAUUGUUGGAUUGCCAAAUGUUGGGAAAUCUACUUUCUUCAAUGUAUUAACCAAUAGCCAGGCUUCAGCAGAAAACUUCCCCUUCUGCACUAUUGAUCCUAAUGAGAGCAGAGUACCUGUGCCAGAUGAAAGGUUUGACUUUCUUUGCCAAUACCACAAACCAGCAAGUAAAAUUCCUGCCUUUCUAAAUGUAGUGGAUAUUGCUGGUCUUGUGAAAGGAGCUCACAAUGGGCAGGGCCUGGGAAACGCUUUUUUAUCUCAUAUUAGUGCUUGUGAUGGAAUCUUUCAUCUAACACGUGCUUUUGAAGAUGAUGAUAUCACACAUGUUGAAGGAAGUGUAGAUCCUAUUCGAGAUAUAGAAAUAAUACAUGAAGAGCUUCAGCUUAAAGAUGAGGAAAUGAUUGGGCCCAUUAUAGAUAAACUAGAAAAAGUGGCUGUGAGAGGAGGAGAUAAAAAACUAAAACCUGAGUAUGAUAUAAUGUGCAAAGUCAAAUCCUGGGUUAUAGAUCAAAAGAAACCUGUUCGCUUCUAUCAUGACUGGAAUGACAAAGAGAUCGAAGUAUUGAAUAAACACUUGUUUUUGACUUCAAAACCAAUGGUCUACUUGGUUAAUCUUUCUGAAAAAGACUACAUUAGAAAGAAAAACAAAUGGUUGAUAAAAAUUAAAGAGUGGGUGGACAAGUAUGACCCAGGUGCCUUGGUCAUUCCUUUUAGUGGGGCCUUGGAACUCAAGUUGCAAGAAUUGAGUGCUGAGGAGAGACAGAAGUAUCUGGAAGCGAACAUGACACAAAGUGCUUUGCCAAAGAUCAUUAAGGCUGGGUUUGCAGCACUCCAACUAGAAUACUUUUUCACUGCAGGCCCAGAUGAAGUGCGUGCAUGGACCAUCAGGAAAGGGACGAAGGCACCUCAGGCUGCAGGAAAGAUUCACACAGAUUUUGAAAAGGGAUUCAUUAUGGCCGAAGUAAUGAAAUAUGAAGAUUUUAAAGAGGAAGGUUCUGAAAAUGCAGUCAAGGCUGCUGGAAAGUACAGACAACAAGGUAGAAAUUACAUUGUUGAAGAUGGAGAUAUUAUCUUCUUCAAAUUUAAUACACCUCAACAACCAAAGAAGAAAUAGAUUUUAGUUAUUACUUAUAAAAAUGUACAACUUCCAAAAGGCAUAUAAUUUUUUUUAAUUAAAAUUUCUGAAAACUGAAGGGACAAAUAAGGUCAGGGAAAUGGGAAUCUUCUACAAACAAAUUAUUUUUGUUUUAAAAUUUAAAUACUAUGUACCUCCAGUGAAAUGCAAGUUCCCUAAAUGUGAACAGCUUUGCUUUUCAUGUGAUUAAGACCCUACUCCAAAUUGUAGAAGCUUUUCAGGAACCAUAUUACUCUCAUGAUACUUCAUUAAUCUCCAUCAUGUAUGCCAAGCCUGACACAUUUGACAGUGAGGACAAUGUGGCUUGCUCCUUUUUGAAUCUACAGAUAAUGCAUGUUUUACAGUACUCCAGAUGUCUACACUCAAUAAAACAUUUGACAAAACCA